CACAUGCCGUAGCUACUGUGAUCGCUUGCGAGUUGUGUAUAGUUCGCAUUUCGUCACAAAAUAAAUUCACAGCGGUCGUUAAGAUCGCGGUAAUCUUAAAACGCUCAAGUGUAGGGCGUAUCGAACUAUCCAACAAAAAUCUAGUUUAUUUUUCGCCGGUUAACAGUGAAGUUUAAUUCAAACGUGGAGUGGAUUACAUUUAUUGAAAAGUUGUCCUAAAAUGGGAGCUCAUGUAUCGAGAAAUGAUUUUGAAUGGGUACAUACUGAGGAGCCGCAUGCAAGUCGUCGGAAGAUCAUUUUAGAAAAAUAUCCGGAAAUCAAGAAGCUAUACGGCUACGAUCCAAACUUCAAAUGGGUGGUCACGGCGAUGGUGCUGACUCAAUUCAUAAUGCUGCCUAUAGUGCAGCACAUGAGCUGGCCGGUGCUGGUCCUCGUAGCGUACUGCUUCGGCGGUGUUAUCAACCAUUCUCUUAUGUUGGCGAUCCAUGAGAUCGCGCACAGCCUCGCAUUCGGCCACAACCGGCCGUUACAUAACAAGCUGUUCGGCUUCUUCGCGAACCUGCCGAUCGGCAUACCCAUAUCUAUCAGCUUUAAGAAGUAUCACUUGGAGCAUCAUAGGUACCAAGGCGACGAGGUGAUAGACGUCGAUCUACCCACGUUGGUGGAGGCGAAGCUGUUCUGCACGACGGGGGGGAAGCUGGUGUGGCUGUUCUUGCAGCCGUUCUUCUACUCGCUGCGGCCGCUGGUGGUGCGGCCGAAGCCGAUGACGCCGAUGGAGGCGAUCAAUUCGAUCAUACAGCUGAUGUUCGACAUGGUCGUGGUGAAGGUUUUCGGUUGGAAAGUUUUGGCUUAUCUGCUUAUUGGUUCUCUGCUGUCCAUGGGCAUACAUCCAGUUGCAGGUCACUUCAUCUCCGAGCAUUACAUGUUCAAGAAAGGUUUUGAAACCUAUUCGUAUUAUGGUCCUUUAAACUGGAUCACCUUCAACGUUGGCUAUCAUAAUGAGCAUCACGACUUUCCCGCAGUGCCUGGCAGCAGGCUGCCGGAGGUGAAGAGAAUCGCACCAGAAUUCUACGACACACUGCCACAGCACAACAGUUGGUCUGCCGUUCUCUGGGACUUCGUCAUGGACCCAGAGAUCGGGCCAUACGCCAGAAUAAAGCGGAAGCACCACGGUCUGGAUAGCUAGAGCAUUAACAAAUGCAGAUUUCCUAUUAAAAUUAUCAUUUUUACCGAUGUUUCUGUUUGUCGGAAAUUUUUGCGUGUUCCAUAAGUUAUAUAUAGCAUCGGUCCCAAUACAUACCCUUGUGGCACUCCAACCCCAUCCAAUCACAUCAUAGAAUUGUUUUGAAAUAUUGCAUUUAUUGAUA